AUGGCCUCUGCGCACAUCUGCACACUUGGGAUUCUGUUUAUGCUCAGUGGACUGAGAGCUCAGUCGGUGACUCAGCCAGAAGAUCAGGUCGCUGUCUCGGAAGGGGAUCCAGUGACUGUGAAGUGCACCUAUUCAGUGUCAGGGAGCCCUUAUCUUUUUUGGUAUGUCCAACAUCGCAAUCAAGGUCUCCAGUUCCUUCUGAGAUACAUCGGAGGGGACAAGUUGGUUCAAGGCAACUACGGUUUUGAGGCUGAGUUUAACAAGAGCCAAACCUCUUUCCACCUGAAGAAACCAUCUGUUGUAGGGAGUGACUCUGCCUUGUACUUCUGUGCUGUGAGCGACACAGUGGUUGGGGCUGCAGGGAGAGCUGAAUAUAAACCCCUGAGCACAGAAAACCAUGCUCCUGAAGCCUUAAUAUCCCUCCACAAGCUUAGAACCUCCCAGGAAGGGCUCUGGUUGACUCAGUGUGAGGCAGAUGCUGUUCCCUGGACAAGUUGUGCUGGCUACUAG